UUGAUGACAUUUUCAAUUUUGUUGACACAGCUGGCCUGUGAUUAGAUAAAAAAGUAGAUCCCAUUUUUCACCAAAAAUGAGCAAUAAUUUUGUAAUUUUCUCACAAAAGAAGUCACCUAGCUCCUUAUUUAAUACAGUGUUACAGCAAGAACAGUCAAAUAGUUUACAUAUUUGCUAAUUAAUUUCCAUAGUUAAUUUUAGGUGUUAAGUGAACAUUUUAGUGGAAUCAAUAAUGAACUAAUUUAUCGUGAAUACGUUAUGUAUGACUAUUACGAAUUGGAAGAUCGUAAAAUGCAAGGCAACUUUCGGGAUUGGCGUAAAGCGCUACGGACUCCUGCGACUUAUCGAGUGGGAAACACAGUGAGAUUGCAACCUCAAUUUCUGUUUCUAAUUGUGGUCACUGGUGUUAGUUUAUCAAUAUUUUUCUAUUACAAUUGGUGUACAAGUAAUACAGAGACCAAAUAUAGAUGGAUAGUGCCCACGCGGCAGUACAAUACCACAUACCCUUUAUCGAAACCAUUUCGUUCGGGAGACGUGAUAUCUUACAGGAUAGGUAUAGUCGCAGACUUAGACACUAACUCUAAGAGUGAAAAGCCGCAUACAUUUACAAGUUAUUUAAAGAAGGGUUUCUUAAGUUAUGACACUGUGAAGGAGUAUGCCACUGUGUUAUGGGAUACCAGGCCUACAAUGGUGUUGUCAUCAACAUAUUCACAUAAAGGAAGAGGAAUGGAGCUUUCUGAGCUGAUUGUGUAUGAUGGAAGAUUGCUCACAUUUGAUGAUCGCUCAGGCAUGAUUUUUGAAAUAAUCAACAACAAAGUUGUGCCCUGGGUGAUUUUAUCAGAUGGCAAUGGUCAUAAUGAGAAAGGAUUCAAGAUAGAAUGGGCAACUAUUAAAGACAAAGUUUUAUAUGUUGGCUCUAUGGGCAAAGAGUGGACAACUGCAGGUGGAGACUUUGAGAGUUUUGACCCUAUGUGGAUAAAAGCUGUGAAUAUGCAUGGAGAGGUGCAACACAUAAGUUGGGUCCAUGAAUUCAAGUCAAUAAGAAGCUCAAUUGGCAUAGAUUGGCCUGGCUACAUGAUACAUGAGUCUGGAGUAUGGUCGCAUGUUUCACAAAAGUGGCACUUUUUACCCCGAAGAUGCAGUCAUGAAGCCUACAAUGAAACAAGGGAUGAAAUUAUGGGGUGCAAUUAUUUAAUAACAGCUGAUAACAGCUUCAACAAAGUACAAGCUAUAGAGAUAACCAAACACCAGCCGAAACAUGGUUUCUCCUCAUUCAAGUUUAUACCAGACACAAAUGAUGAAGCUAUAGUUGCAUUAAAAACCACAGAGUUUGAAGGCAAAACAGCAACAUAUAUUUCUGCAUUUAAAACAAAUGGCAAAGUAUUACUCGAAGAUUCAUUUAUAGAGAAUGUUAAAUAUGAAGGCAUUGAAUUUAUAUGAACUUUGUAGAAACAUUUUACUCCACUGAAAUUACAAGGAGGCUUGUAACACUUAUAGACAACAUUAAAUAAUUGAGGGUAUUGAAUUCAUAUGAAUGCAAUAUACAACUUUUACAGAUGUUAGCAAAACUUUAAUAUGAAGGCAUUGAAUUUAUAUGAAGUUAACAUUCCAAUGAAGUAUCAGAAAUGUCUUCAUAU